AUGCUCGCUCUGGGUUCCUUUCCUACCCCCAUAAAACUUACUUCACUCUCUUCAUCAAAAGAUUUAUCAUUUCAUGGUAUACCAUUAUUGUCUUCUAUUCAACCGUCUUCUACUCCCAUUACUUCCGAUCUUGAUUCGAUUCUUCAAAAUUUACUAUGUCAUAUCCUUGACGAUAAAGAGAAACUUGAUUUUUUGACUAUUCUUCGGCAGCAUUCUCGUGUAUUUGACUCAUCUAAACAUAGUAUUGCUAAAACUCACCUUCCUCACGUCAUCGUUACCGGCGAUCAUCCACCUAUCACUAUCUGCCCUUAUUAUCGUACUGUUGCACAACGUAAAGAACUUCAGACUGAAGUCGACAAACUGCUCUUGGACAAUAUAAUUCGUCCUUCCACUUCUCCAUGGUCUUCUCCUGUCAUCCUGAAGAAGAAGCCUGAUGGUACCUAUCGAUUUCUAGUAGAUUUUCGUCGACUUAAUUCGAUAACCGAUAAAGAUGCUUAUCCACAACCUACUGCUGAGGAACUAAUUUAUCGUCUCUCUGGGCAUAGUUAUUUCACUAAACUCGAUUUGAAGAGUGGUUACUUCCAAAUCCCUAUUGCCGAAUCUGAUAAAGAGAAAACUGCUUUUGCCACUCCUGAUGGACAUUAUGAAUUCAAUGUACUAGCUCAAGGUCUCAUGAAUGCUCCUGCUAGCUUCCAACGCGUCAUGAAUAAUCUAAUAGCAACUGGUCGUUGGGAUUACAUAGUAAUUUAUCUUGAUGAUAUCGUCAUUUUUUCUCAUUCUCUAGAAGACCAUAAACGUCACGUCAACGAAAUUUUAUCUAUCCUUGAUGCCGCUCAUUUUAAAGUUUCUCCUUCCAAAUGUACAAUCGCUGUUCAAAAAAUUGAAUUUCUCGGUCACAUCAUUACACCUACUACUGUUGAACCAUCUUCAGAAAAACUACAAGCUAUACUUGAUAUUCCACCACCUUCUACUUUGUCACAAGCGAAUCGUUUUCUUGGUAAACUUGGAUACUAUCGCAAAUUUAUACCUGAUUUUGCCCGCAUUGCCGCACCUUUACAUAAAGUUACCAAUAAAACUCGUACUAAACGACAUGAAUUUUAUUGGCAUCCUGAACAACAAGCUGCUUUUGAAGAAUUCAAGAAAAUUCUCACUACCGCUCCGCUUUUUCUUCAUUUUCCUGAUCCUUUGGUACCCUUUAUUUUAUCUACCGAUGCUAGUCUUACUCUUAUUGCUGGUGUUUUAAAGCAACAAACUUCAACUGGUCUCAAGAUCUGUUAUUAUAAAUCUCGGUUGCUCUCUUAUAUCGAACGUCGAUACUCCGCUACAGAACGUGAAGCACUUGCUAUAUGUUGGUGUCUAGAUCAAUUACUUUCAUGCAUUGGCAACUCCUCUAUCCUUAUUGAAAUCGAUCACAAACCACUUGCCAACGUGCAUAAAAAGCAUUCAUUUGGCAAUAAACGUAUUGAUAAUUGGCUUUUAAAAUUACAAGAUCUUUUGCCUCAAAUUCUUGCAAUAAAAUAUCGUAAAAGUGUUGAUAAUGCUGGUCCUGAUUUUUUUAACUCGCUGUGA